CUGUGUCUGGCCACAGUAUGAGCCUUCACUGGAUUGGCUGAGCGGUUGUCAGGACUGUUUACAAGAAACAUGGCUUCCAGGUCUGUUGGAGAGCAUCAGGAGAUGGAAGUUGACCGAAGGGGUGAGUCUGAGGAGUCUGGUGAUGAGGAGACUAGGAGGAGGAGUAUCAAUGGCAACGUGGACCCUACUCAGCCCUCUACCACUGGUAAAGAAGAGUCUCCUGUUGACAUGGACACCAUAACCUUGGACCCAGAGGAAGAGGAUGUUGAUCUUGUUCAUUGUCGUAUUGGAAAGAUUGAAGGAUUGGAGGUGUUACAGAAAGCUAAAACACUCUCCUUACGACAGAAUCUCAUCAAAAAGAUAGAAAACCUUGAAAGUUUGAGCUCGCUGCAGGAACUAGAUCUCUACGACAAUCAGAUCCGCAAACUGGAGAACCUGCAGACCCUCACAGAGAUUGAGCAGCUUGACGUGUCCUUUAAUAUGCUGAGAAAGAUUGAGGGUUUGGAGCAUAUGACUCGGGUGAAGAAACUUUUUCUGCUUCACAACAAAAUUGGCAACAUUGGCAACCUGGACCACCUCACAGGCCUCGAAAUGCUGGAGCUGGGCUCCAAUCGCAUCCGGGUCAUAGAGAACCUGGAUACACUUGCAUCUUUGCAAAGUUUGUUUCUUGGCACCAAUAAAAUAACUACGCUUCAGAAUCUGGAGGGUUUACACAACCUGACUGUUUUAAGCAUUCAGAGUAACCGGAUUACUAAAAUUGAGGGUCUACAGAAUCUUGUCAACCUGAAAGAGCUCUAUUUGAGCCACAAUGGCAUUGAGGUCAUUGAGGGCUUGGAAAACAAUAAAAGGCUCACAACCCUUGACAUUGCAGCCAAUCGAGUAAAGAAAAUCGAAAACAUCAGCCAUCUGACAGAGCUGCAGGAGUUCUGGAUGAAUGAUAAUCAGAUAGAUAACUGGUCAGAUCUCGAUGAGUUGAAGAAUGCCAAGUCUCUGGAGACCGUCUACCUUGAAAGAAAUCCUCUACAGAAGGAUCCGCAGUACCGGCGAAAGAUCAUGCUAGCGCUGCCCAGUGUGCGCCAGAUUGACGCUACCUUCAUCCGCUUUUAAACUGAAGUGUAAAAUUUACCUGCCAACUUCUCAGUGUUCUCCCUCACCACCCUGCCUGCCCCGCUUACAAAACAAACACUGGCCUCACUAAAUCACAUAAUCACUCCAAACACAAAUGCACAUUCCAACAUUCACUGUCACCCCAUGUAUGCACUCAUUCACACCUUGAUCUAUGCUGUUGUGUGGAAGCUUAUUUAUUUAUUAAGCUGGACUGUGGAAAGGAUUUAAAAAAGUACCCUACACCCAUGUCA